ACUCAUGAGAGCAAAGCAAGCUAGCAAGCGCAGCUCCCGAGCUCCACCUCGCCAGCUCUCGGACGGCUCCUCGAUCACCUCGUCCCUCGCCGGCGCCUCCAUGGACCGCAAGAGCUCCUCGAGCCCGGCGGCGGCGUCCAUGGCCGCGCUCGCCGCUGCCGCCGCGGCCGGCCAGUCGAGCUCCGGCCACGGCCAGGCCAACGGGGCUCUGUCGCCGAAACGAGAGGAGGAGGACAAGAAGCCCGCGAUGCUGGCUGCCGUGGGCGGCGCCUCCAGCUCCUCGCCCCCGGUGGCGACGAGGACGGUCGCGGCGAGCGGCGGCCCGAGCUGCCAGGUGGAGCGGUGCGCCGCCGACCUGCACGAUGCGAGGCGGUACUACCGGAGGCACAAGGUGUGCGAGACGCACUCCAAGGCCCUCGUCGUGCUCAUCGCCGGCCUCCGCCAGCGCUUCUGCCAGCAAUGCAGCCGGUUCCAUGAGCUGUUGGAGUUCGACGACAACAAGCACAGCUGCCGCCGGCGCCUGGCGGGGCACAACGAACGGCGCCGGAAGAGCUCGGCGGACAGGCACGGCGGCGGCGGCGGCGACCAGAACGGCCGGAGCCACCCAGCAGGGAACCCGUCACGGGAUCACUUCCAGAUCGGAUAAACCUAUCUAAGCAUGCUCUCUCUCUUCUGUCAUGCAGCUAGCACUACCGAUCGAUCGACUUACACCGGAGGGGUGUGUGCUAUAUAUGUCGAUCUGUCACAAAAUAACCUAGUCGAUAUUAUGCUGAUUGUAACCUAACCAGCACCAGCGGGUAAUUAAGCAGGGAAUUCUAGCAUGCAAUUGUUUGUGUAUAUGUAUGGAUCAUCGGAUGUGUAAUCCGGUGGCCUGUGCCAAACAGUAGUAAUCUGGGCUGGCUGUGUAUUGAUGAUGAUGUUGUGCUCUGAUAACUGUGGUAAAAUUUGCUGAUUAUUCAAAUGGUA